AUUUUCUCGGCGUCUUCUCGCGUGCAGAUUCGUCCUCCUCUUUACUCCUUACUUUUCCUUGCCCACUCCUCUUCCUCUGUGCAUACAACAAAUAGAGAGAAAGGGCGUCUCCGAGGCGGUGUUCGGAGGCGACAAGCAGAUCUGCUAUCCCGUCGUCUGGUCCUCCGAUCACGUUGCCAACAUGGUAAGGAAACGCAGGACUGAACUUCCUUCUGCUGGGGAGAGUUCAGAAUCUCAAGAGAGCAGUGGCAGAAGUGGGCGAGCUGGGCCCCAGCGCCCACUUGAAAGGGCUCCGGCUAUGCAACAACAAGGACGUGGUGCUGGACGUGGCUGGGUUCAGCAUGGUCAGCAAAGUCGUGGUUUUGGGAGUUAUUAUCAGGGAAGGGGGAGUGGACAGCCUCAUGGGGGUUCAACACCACAACAAUCACGUGGACCAUCUCCAGGGUAUGAAGGCCAGGGUUUGGCUCAACCAAGAGGAGGAAUUCCACAUCAACACUACGGACGCCGAAGCAGUGGCAGCAUGACUACUGGGCGUGUGGCUGGUCCUUCAGCUGCAGGUCCAUCGAGGCCACUGGCUCCCGAUCUGCACCAAGCAUCAUCACAAGCGAGUUCAUCACAGCAGUCAGAGGCUUCCUCUAUCCAACAACAGUUUCAGCAGCUCUCUAUUGAGGGUGAAACUGCAAGUCAAACAAUACAACCUGUGGUUCCUGUAGCUCCAUCCAGCAAGUCUUUAAGGUUUCCGUUGCGUCCUGGAAAAGGGAGCUACGGUGUUAAAUGUGUGGUCAAGGCAAACCAUUUCUUUGCUGAGUUACCUGAUAAAGACCUUCACCAAUAUGAUGUGUCCAUCAUACCAGAAGUUACAUCACGUGGUGUCAAUCGUGCUGUGAUGGAGCAGCUAGUCAAACUGCAUAGAGAGUCUUAUUUAGGAGGGCGGCUUCCAGCUUAUGAUGGCAGGAAAAGUCUUUACACAGCCGGACCACUGCCAUUUACUUCUAGAGAGUUUCAAAUCCUUCUAGUUGAUGAAGAUGAUGGUUCAGGCACAGAGAGGAGGCAAAGAACAUUUAGAGUUGUUAUUAAGUUGGCUGCCCGUGUGGAUCUUCACCACCUUGAUAUGUUUUUAUCCAGUCGACAGGCUGAUGCUCCCCAAGAAGCCCUACAGGUUCUUGAUAUUGUGCUACGUGAACUGCCUACCACAAGGUACUUUCCCGUUGGUCGAUCCUUUUAUUCCCCUGACCUUGGGAGAAGGCAGCCACUUGGCGAUGGAUUAGAAAGCUGGCGGGGGUUUUAUCAGAGUAUUAGGCCAACACAAAUGGGCUUGUCACUAAAUAUCGACAUGUCUUCUACCGCCUUCAUUGAGCCCCUGCCUGUCAUUGACUUUGUUACCCAACUUUUAAGUAGGGAUGUCCGAGCAAGACCGCUCUCCGAUGCUGAUCGGGUGAAGAUCAAGAAGGCUUUAAGGGGAGUAAAGGUUGAGGUUACUCAUCGUGGGAAUAUGCGCAGAAAAUAUCGCAUUUCUGGUUUAACAUCACAAGCAACUAGAGAGCUUACUUUCCCAGUCGAUGAAAGAGGAACAAUGAAAUCUGUUGUUCAAUAUUUUCAAGAAACAUAUGGUUUUACCAUCCAGCAUACCAAUCUCCCCUGCCUACAAGUUGGCAACCAGCAAAGGCCAAAUUAUCUACCGAUGGAGGUCUGUAAAAUUGUGGAAGGCCAAAGAUAUUCCAAAAGAUUGAACGAGAGACAAAUAACUGCUCUUCUGAAGGUGACAUGCCAGCGCCCUCAAGAACGGGAGCUUGACAUUCUGCAGACGGUUCAUCACAAUGCUUACCAUGAAGAUCCUUAUGCUAGAGAAUUUGGUAUCAAAAUCAGUGAGAAACUCGCAUCAGUUGAGGCACGUAUUUUACCUGCACCAUGGCUUAAAUAUCAUGAUACUGGCAGAGAGAAGGAUUGCCUGCCAAGAAUCGGCCAGUGGAAUAUGAUGAAUAAGAAAAUGGUGAAUGGUGGGAGAGUAAACAACUGGACAUGUAUAAAUUUUGCACGGAAUGUCCAAGAAAGAGUUGCCCGUGAAUUUUGUCACGAGCUUGCACUCAUGUGCCAGACAUCUGGAAUGGAUUUUUCACUUGAACCGGUGCUUCCUCCUUUGAGCGCGAGGCCAGACCAGGUGGAACGAGCUUUAAAAUCACAGAAUCAUGAUGCGAUGAGCUUACUCCAACCCCAUGGCAAAGAACUUGAUUUGCUUAUUGUGAUAUUGCCUGACAAUAAUGGUUCUCUUUAUGGUGAUCUAAAGCGAAUUUGUGAGACAGAGCUUGGACUGAUUUCACAGUGCUGUUUGACUAAACAUGUUUUUAGAAUGAGCAAACAGUAUCUGGCAAAUGUUGCUCUCAAGAUAAAUGUGAAGGUUGGUGGUAGGAAUACGGUUCUUAUGGAUGCCUUGAGUAGGCGCAUACCACUUGUUAGUGACAGGCCUACAAUUAUAUUUGGUGCUGAUGUAACACAUCCUCAUCCCGGCGAAGACUCUAGCCCCUCUAUCGCAGCUGUUGUUGCUUCUCAAGACUGGCCUGAGGUAACAAAGUAUGCUGGUUUGGUUUCUGCUCAGCUUCAUCGGCAAGAGUUGAUACAGGAUCUGUUUAAAGUCUGGCAAGAUCCUCAGCGUGGAACAGUGACCGGUGGGAUGAUAAAGGAACUACUUAUUUCCUUCAAAAAAGCUACUGGACAGAAGCCUCAAAGAAUUAUAUUUUACAGGGAUGGAGUUAGUGAGGGGCAAUUCUAUCAAGUUUUACUUUAUGAACUUGAUGCAAUCAGAAAGGCGUGCGCCUCGCUGGAGCCAAAUUAUCAGCCACCAGUAACUUUCAUAGUGGUUCAGAAACGCCAUCACACUAGGUUGUUUGCGAAUAAUCAUAAUGAUCACCACUCAAUUGACAAGAGCGGAAAUAUUCUGCCUGGUACUGUAGUUGACUCUAAGAUCUGUCAUCCAACUGAGUUUGAUUUUUACUUGUGCAGUCAUGCUGGCAUUCAGGGCACAAGCCGACCUGCUCAUUACCAUGUCUUAUGGGAUGAGAACAAAUUCACGGCUGACGCAUUGCAAACCCUAACAAACAACCUUUGUUACACCUACGCAAGGUGCACUCGAUCUGUGUCCAUAGUGCCACCUGCAUAUUAUGCGCACCUGGCUGCAUUCCGUGCCCGAUUUUACAUGGAACCAGAGACAUCAGACAGUGGUUCGAUGGUGAGUGGGGCAGUCGGACGUGGAGCUCCUACCCAACGCAGCACUCGUGUCCCAGGUGGUGCGGCUGUUAGACCCCUUCCAGCGUUGAAAGAAAAUGUCAAGAAAGUCAUGUUCUACUGUUGAACCAUGUGUUGUGGCUUCGACUACUCACUUGAUAUUGUCUCUGCUCCUGUUUAUUGUCUGUGGUAGGCUUGAACUUGAUGGGUAUUCACAAGUCAGGUACUAUGACCCUCUUUGUUGAAACUUUUUCCGCAAUCCUUUUAUGAAGCAAGUCCUGAUUUGAUA